GUUUCAAAAAUGGUCGGUACGGAUCUCAGAAUAUCCACAUGGAUAUGUGGCUUAGUUCAGAUUCGUGUUUGAUGCUCUCUGGAAUUUUCACAGGCUAUUGUUGUUAAUGGUUACGCCUAAAAGUAAAUGGUCAUUUUCUUGUCCAGGUCAAUGAAUUGUGGAUAUAAAAUUAUUUGCCAAGAUUUUCUUCCACACAAUGAAGUUUAAUCAAACAUCUGUGGAUUCAUCGUUGGGUAGUCUUUCUGUAUCGUCCGCCGUCGAUCGAUCGUAUGACUCGUUCUUAAACAAUGUGGAUACACAACCGGGUGCAUUACUUUCUGAACUUUUGUCAGAUUGUACCCCACUUGACUGUCUUGUUUCAAGCACUUUACAAUCAUCCAAUAGUCAAGAUAAUAUAUCUUUGUCACUCUAUGGAGUAUCGUCAUCUUCCAAUAAUAAUAAUGAUGAUAACAUUGUUAAUAAUAAUAGUAGUAAUAGUAAUAAUAACAUUUCGAAUACUAUUGAUAAUAUGAAUGGAAUUUAUGUCCCAAUAAAUCCUAAUUCACAUGAUUGCUAUCGAAAAAAUUCUACAAUUGAAUUAAAAUCUGAUUCAGAUAUAUCAUCUAAAUUUAUUAAAGAACAGUCCAAAGAUAGUGGUGUACUGCCAGUGAUGUCGAAACUUGAUGAUUCUAUUAAAGAUUCAAUUUUCUCUGACCGUUAUGAUGCAGAUAAAAAUAACAGCACUAGUAAUGUCACUUCCACCACUAAUACUAAUGCGGUUACUACUACGUCUACUUCUACUACUACUACUACAACUACUACUUCUAUCAUUAUUAAUAAUAAUUAUUAUGAAUCGGAUGUUAAACACUUUACAAAUACAUCAUCAACAUUGAAUCAAUCCACCAUAGUUUCAUUAUCACUGACAACAACAAUAACAACAACACCGACACCAAUAAUAAAUCAAGCCGCUUUAAUUGCAGCUGCCUUAGCGAAAGCAUCUGCAGACAAGACAAUGAAUGGUCCUUUCUCACUAAUUGAACGUAAUACUACCAUACCACUUAAUAAUAAUUUAGGAAUGAUGAAUAAUAAAUCACGUAGAAAUUCAUUAACAAUACCAAAUCAUAAUAUACAUUUAUCGUCAUUAGAUGAUCAAAGUAAAUUAAUUAGUCAAAAAACUUCUAGUUCUGAAAAACACUUUAAUGAACAAAUUAGUUCAAAUAAUGAACAAAGUCCUAAUCGUUUUCAUUCUUCAGAAGAAUUUGAUAAUCUAUUGGAUUCAAAUGCGCCUAUAUUAGAUUUUACUUUCUCCGAUGUACAGUAUUGGUGUAGUGUCUUUUAUUAUGAGUUAAAUACUCGUGUUGGUGAUGCAUUUCACGCUGGUCGGCCAACGUUAACAAUUGACGGUUUUACUGAACCGUGCUAUCGUUCUGAUCGAUUCAGUUUAGGCAGCUUAAGUCAUGUUAAUCGACCUUUGCAAGUUGAGAUGACUAGAAGACAUAUUGGUCGUGGAAUACGAUUACAUCAUAUCGGUAGUGAAGUUUACCUUGAAUGUUUAAGUGAUGCUGCGGUUUUUGUUCAAUCACCAAGUUGUAAUCGUUUCUACAGUUGGCAUCCAGCAACGGUUGUCAAAGUCCCACCAAAAUGUAAUUUAAAACUUUUUGAUAGUGCAGCAUUUGCUAGUCAAUUAGCUGAUAAUAUGUCACGUAGUUAUGAAUCUGUCUUUUCACUAACUCAUAUGUGUUCAAUACGUGUUAGUUUUGUAAAAGGUUGGGGAGCAGAAUAUAGGUGAGCUAAUUUAGUUUGAAUUAAUCUCUGGUGUUUUUCUACAUUUAUAAUCUAUUAUUACUAACUAUGAAUAAAUGGUUUUAUUGUGGAUUACUCAAUUGAGAUAGUGUAAUAAUGGUUCCAAGUAAAAGUUACUGGGCCAAGAUCUAUCUACACUUUGGUACAGGUAUACAUCUAACUGGAGUCAGCAACAACGUAGAACUUCGUACGUACGUACGUCAGUUUAAGUUGCCAUACCACAUUAGCACAGAGAUAUAAUUGUCGAUUCAAAUCCUAUAGUAGUAGAGGUAGAAAAAGCAUAAGCAGUAAUCAGAAAGGUUAGGGUUUGAAGAUAUUGUUCAAAGAGUAUAGUCCAAUGAAAUAGAUUAAGAAGGAGAGAAAAAGGGACAUGGAGAAUUCAGAAGAUUAGAAUUUGGGAGAACACAAAGAGUGGAUGCACAUGUGCCAUUGCAAACGAUUUUGAGCCAUGUCGUUCAAGGUCUCUAACUAUCGGUUUCUAUCAUCUCGCGGAUCCCAACAACGUAGUCUACACCUACCAACAUGGCUCAGUCCACUUGUCGGUGACUUCAUGGAUUUGUGCCAUGAUAUACAAGCAAUGCUUCGAGGGCACCUGUGAUCGAACGCUAGUAACCUACGAAUAUCCAUCUAGCUGAAGAGUCUCAAAUAUAGAAGGUAACCCACAUCCUUGUUUCCUAUUCGAAAUUCAUCGGCCAGAUAUACCAGCAUUUGAGUGUUGACACACUGUUACUCAAACCAAAUACGCCCUAUUUCUUCAAACAACGAUGAGUUCAUAAGGUUACUUCUUUGUUUUUUUCUGUUGUUUUAUCAGUAAUUAGAAUUGUUAUUGGCCAAUCACUGUUAGGAUCAAUUAUGAUCUGUGUUGUGACCUUUAGUCUUGCUAAUUAUCACGUGACUUAUUCGCCACUCAGAAUGCGACUUAUACAAUCUUAGCACUGUACCAAACCAAUGACGUAUCGAUUAGUAUAAGUAGCAUAGCGUCCUUAAUGGUCCUUUUCCAUGCCUAGACCUUCCUGUUUAGUCCAGAACACCGAUAUCAGCUUCCACUGUAUGUAUCAUUUAUUUCAAACAUACCUGGUUUAUAUACAAGCCAAGCAGGUCACGUCACAUCAUAAAGUACGAAAUAAGAUUUGUACAAGAUCAAGCCGAAAAGUGGCUGUGAUUGUAAGAAACUGUUAUUAAUAAAUUGGGUAUAACUUUUGAAUAGUAAGUCGUAUCAUAAUAAUCUAUAGGUCAAAAUAAAGCUUAUUAAUAAAAGGAAUAUAAAUAUACAUAAUCUAGUCGCUUAAUAAUUAUACAAUAAGAAUAUAUGUAUAAUAUUAGUCCAUAAAUAGAUCCCGACAGUUACCAUUCAUUAUUGUCGUCGGAAUAUAACAAUCUGGAAUAUCAACAAAGG